AUGGCGAAAAAGGGUAGAUGGUCUCACAGACGGCGGGCAUUCGGGGUUAAGUCCCGCCUCCUCGUUGUCGUGUGCGUCGGUGGGAUGGCGUUGCUUUCUACUGUACAGAUUGCCUACGGGCUGGUGCAUCGCAACCUAAAAAGCACGGAAGCCUCUCCCAUGCAGCCGCAAGUUGCCACGUGUAGUCUCAUUUCGGACUCGAACCAAGGCGAACCCUCUCCUCCAAGCGUCCAAUUGUCCAAAGACAAGCUUAGCGCGGAACUGCAGUGCACUGGUCAGGGCAAUCAAGUCGUGCCGCAGACGACGACAAGCGUCUGCAAAGCAGUUCGCGAUGAUCUAACCGUCUCGGAGUGUGCAAAGGGAAACGGCAACGUGAUCACGCUGUCAGAGCUCCUUGAAUCUGACAGUUCGCUUGAGUGGACUCUACACUCUUUGUCUGCUGAUUCUACGGAGAAGGGGCAGGGGUGGUCUCUCGAGUUACAAGAGUCGCACCUCCCUUUUUCGGAUAAAACCUUCUUCGUUGGCUGCAAAAAGCAACCUGGUGACGAGGACAAGUCAGCCUGCAAGCUCAUAGUAUCUGUGAAAGCCAGAGCUUCGUCUGCCGAAAAGAAUGUUGUCACCUGCGCCUUCGGCAGGGACAGCAACAGUGACGGGCCUCUGAACGUGGAGUUGACAAAAGAGAAUAACACGCUGGAGAUGGUUUGCGGGAAAGAAGGUUCUUUCCGCCCUGAAUCCUACCAAACGACUUUUUGCCAAGACGCAGACAUGAAGACCUGCAGCACAAGCUAUAGCGAAAUCCUGCCCAAAUUCGACAGGUCCUGGUGGGCGGGAGGGGACAAGAAAACAAAUAAAGCUAAACUGACGAUCCCGCCUACUGACUUCCCAGCAGAGAACCAUUCAUUUUACGUUGGCUGCUCUGCAGAAAAGGCUGCCCCAGAAACCGAGGAGCAUGUCGAGGCUCGAAGUGACGAGCCUGCCAGCAGAGUGUCUCCGUGCAGAGUGCUUGUGACAGUAAAAGCUGGAGGAUCCUUUUCCUUUGCGCAGUCUAGAUUGCAAGCAGCUGCGGCCGCGUCGGGGGCCGCAGUUGUAACGGCGUUUCUUUCCGGCUGUCUGUAG